GCUGCUCCUUAAUCUGAGUUGCUUUUAUAUACAUUUCUUCAGCUUCAUUAAAUUUUCUCAUUGACUGAUAAAAUCUUCCAAGGUUGCCAUAGUGCUUUGUGGUCUGUACAUUAAAUUCUCUGAAUGCUUUCUUAGGUAGCUGCAGUGAGGACAAGUGCAAGUCAUGUGCUUCCUGAAGCAGCCUCUGCUUCGUCUCCUUGUUAUGAUGGUCAAUUGCAAUCUCCUCUAAAAUAAGUGCUUUCACCCUCUUUGAAGAAGCCAAAAGAAGAUGAUCUUCAGGGUCUCAUGUAUCCCAGUCUGGAUUUGAAGUUGUUCUCUAGCCAAGAAUGACCUUGAACUCCUCAUCUUCAUCCUCCUGUCUCCACUGUUCCAGUGCUGGGAUUACAGGCAUGCACAGUUUUCACAGUGUUGGGGUGGAACACAGUAACCAGUAAUGGCAGCCUGUGCAUAUUCGGCAGUAUGCACAGACCAAGAAAUCUUUACAAGGAUAAUAAUCUAAAUGCUGCCAUCUAAGUCAGCCCAUUCUGGAGCUGUGCAUUCUACUUAAUCUGCGGGGACAUUUGGACUCAAUGCACAGAGAGUUGACUUAAGGACAACAUUUUGACUGUUCUUGCCAUCUUCAAGUCAGAAGUGUAAUAGAAGGAGAGGAAGCAAAAAAGAAGUGAUGUGCAAUCAUGAUUUUUUUUAUUAUUUGGAUGUGUCUUUGUGUACAUAUGAAAAGGUUUUAGGCUCUCAAGCUGCUUAGCCAUUGCUGGGUAUUCCAGGCUAAAGAUGACAGUGAUGAGUCACCUGAGAGUGGUUCUACAAGUCUCUUCGCGUACAUUGCCAUGGAGAAGGUUCUGGGUUCCGAGGUUGGUGCCACAGAGGUUCUGCAGUCUCUAUACCUGCACAUACAGAACCAGGAACCGAGCCUUACCUCCACUCUGGGAGAACUUGGACCUUGUUCCUGCGGGUGAUCGGCAGUCACCCAUUAACAUCCGAUGGAGGGACAGUGUUUAUGACCCUGGCUUAAAACCACUCACCAUUUCUUAUGACCCAGCCACCUGCCUCCACAUCUGGAACAAUGGGUACUCCUUUCUCGUGGAAUUUGAAGAUUCUACAGAUAAAUCAGGUGUUCACACCUGGCUUGAACAGCAGAGGCACAUUUUAAAAGGUCCCAAAGGCAAUGGGUGUGGAAAGCUGCACUUGGUACAUUGGAAUGCGGUCAAAUUUGAAAGUUUUGAGGAUGCAGCACUGGAAGAAAAUGGCUUGGCUGUGAUAGGUGUAUUUUUAAAGCUAGGUAAACACCAUAAAGAACUACAGAAAUUGGUGGACACUUUGCCAUCAAUUAAACACAAGGACACCCUGGUGGAAUUUGGAUCAUUUGACCCUUCCUGUCUGAUGCCUACUUGCCCAGAUUACUGGACCUACUCUGGGUCUCUCACUACGCCGCCCCUCUCAGAGUCUGUUACCUGGAUCAUUAAGAAGCAGCCAGUUGAGGUUGACCGUGAUCAGCUUGAGCAGUUUCGGACCCUGCUUUUCACUUCUGAGGGAGAGAAAGAAAAAAGAAUGGUGGAUAACUUCCGCCCACUUCAGCCACUGAUGAAUCGCACUGUCCGCUCAUCCUUCCGCCAUGACUAUGUGCUCAAUAUUCAAGUGAAGCCCAAGCCAACAACCAGCGAAGUCACCCCCUAAGACAGCAUAUUUAGGCAGCAUAUUGUUUUAAUAUUAGCUUAAAAUUUUAACUAGAUUAUUUUAAAACAUAGCAUUUAAUAAUACUUAUAUGUAUACAAUUCUGGUUUUUUCCCUUCCUUUUUUUGUAACAACAUUUCAAAAUUCCUAUUCUUGUACAGCAAAGACAGGGAGACAAAACAAGAAAAACAAAAACCUGUAACCAAAUAACAUCAAGUUACCUGAUGUAACCCUUAUGACAGAAUUAAGGCAGAGGAAUCUUCAUUAACUGUUAAAUCUUUCUAAUAUGUUUCUCAGAAAGUCAGAAAAACAGUUUGCUUCCCCCUUGGUUAAAUUGGGGUUUAAUGUGAAUGCCUGAUCUUGAUCUUUGUGUUUGGUUCUAAUUCAGGAGCUUAACCCACAACAAGAGGUUCUUGUAAAUUUGAUUUAAUAGUGCCUCCCUUUUGUUCAAACUGUUGAAUUGUCUCAUCUUUCAGUAUUGGUUCCGUUCUUAGCUACCAUCAUUUGGAGGUGAAUGGCUCUCAAAGAUUAGGUGUACACAUCCUGGUUUUAGAAUAUUUCAUGUCUUCUUUGUAAAGAUAAGAUCUCAUCUGUGUAGCCCUGGCUGUCCUGGAAAUCACUCUGUAAACCAGUCUAGACUUGAACUCACAGAAGUCUGUCUGUCUUUGCCUCCCAAGUGCUGGGGUUAAAUGCUUGUGCCACCAUGGCCAGCUUUCAUUUGUCUUAUUUUUGACUGAUAAUAGUAUGUGUCAUUGGAAUAUUAACAGAACAUGCAAGUUGCGCUUAUACCAACCUGUUAGUAAUUGUGUUAUAUUUUUAUAUCUGAAUUUGUGUGUGUGUGUGUGUGUGUGUGUGUGUGUGUGUGUUGAGACAGUGACCCACUCUGUAGUCCAGGCUGGCCUGGAACUCACAGUACUACUUUUGUCUCAGUCUCUCAAGUCUA